ACGUAGAACAGUCAGUCUAACGCAACCGUACAGAACGGUCUUACAAAAGUCAAUACAAAGCAAAAACUCAUCGAAAUGGAACGUUGGCAGAAUCGUGUUGCUGUAGUCACUGGCGCCAGUUCAGGCAUAGGUGCGGCUAUUGUGAAAUAUCUCGCUAAUAACGGUAUGGUGACUGUCGGCUUGGCACGACGCAARGAACGUAUCGAAGUCCUGCGCGAUGAAGUGAAAGACGAGGCAAAGCAACGCAUACACGCGAUUAAAUGCGAUGUACGAGAUGAAGCUGAUGUGAUAGCCGCAUUCAAAGAGAUCGAAAGCAAGUAUGGACCGGUGGCGGUGCUGGUAAACAAUGCCGGCGUUGCCCGUUUUGGUGAUAUGUUGAAAGAAGGCAACUCACAAGAUAUACGCAAACACUAUGUAAUKUGUAUCAGCCCUGGUGCAGUUAAGACGAAUUUACUCAAUCAUCCUGGUAAUAUAACGCCUAAACUUCCAGCGGAACUCAACCCUAAUGCGAUUGCGGAUCUAUUAAUUUAUUGCCUACAAACUCCACCGGAUGUACAAAUCCAUGAUGUGAUAAUCAAGCCCUUGGGUGAAAUGGUUUAAUAAUUCAAAUGAAUUAAAAAAAAACCAACUGGCGCGCUGUUGUAAACUCGGCUAUAACCGCGUUAACGCUUUUUGCUCCAGUAAGAAAGAAGAAGAACAUUAUCUGUAACUUUUAACCAAAAAAUAUUUUCUUCCGCUUCAUAUGUUUGAUGCCUCUCUUAUAAUAUUUUGUAUAUUUGCACAAUUUGGGAGAAUAAAAAUAGAUUUAUGGCUUUUA